AUGAUGUUGACUCUGUUGAUAUCCGGGCCAAACCAACCUGGUAACAAUAUUGAUGUCUACUUGGCACCAUUGAUAGAAGAUCUAAAGCUCUUGUGGGAAACUGGCGUUGAGACUUUCGAUUCUCAUAAGAAAGAAUACUUCAAUUUAAGAGCAAUAUUGCUUUGGACUAUAUGUUAUUUUCCCGCGUAUGGUAAUCUUUCGGGAUGUGUUACCAAAGGUUAUUAUGCUUGUCCAAUAUGUUCAAAGAAUACUUAUUCACAAUGGUUGCCAAAGUCCAAAAAAGAGCACGAUUUUAUGCCACAACCAUCAUCAGGUGAAGAGAUUUAUGACUAUCUAGCGGGAUUUAAGACUACAUGGGGUAAGAAGAUAAAGCCAAAGAAGGUAGGAUCAAAGAAGAAGAAGUUGCCUGUUCACCAUCAGUUAGAUCUCAUGCACAUAGAAAAAAAUGUGACCGAGAGUGUUUAUGGGACAGCGUUGAAUUUGCCUCACAAGACGAAGGAUGGAUUAAAAGCACGACAAGAUCUUGAAGUGUUGGGCAUCAAGACUGAAUUACGACCUGAACCAAAAGGGGAUCGACAUUGGCUUCCGCCUGCCAAGUACACACUGAAUUCCGCAGAGAAACAUCUAUUUUAUGAAACCCUGUCUAACAUAAAAGUUCCUUAUGGGUAUUGCUCUAAUUUCAAGAAUCUCGUGUCGGAUGAUGUUUCAAAGAUGAAUGGUUUGAAGUCUAAUGAUUGUCAUGUACCAAUGCAACAACUUCUUCCAUUUGCAAUCAAAGGGGUGUUAGAUGUGAAGGUGCGGAGAACAAUCCUAAGCAUGUGUCAUUUUUUCAAUGAGUUGUGUAGUAAAGUUGUUGAUGUUAGUAAGCUAGGCAAGUUGCAAAGUGACAUCGUAUUAACAUUAUGUUUGUUAGAGAAGUACUUUCCUCCUUCAUUUUUCGAUGUCAUGACUCACUUGAUGGUGCAUUUAGUUAGAGAGGUGAGGUUGUGUGGCCCGGUUCAUUUUAGGUGGAUGUAUCCAUUUGAGAGAUACAUGAAAACACUUAAAGGGUAUGUAAGAAAUCAUCAUCGACCCGAGGGUUGCAUUGCAGAGUGUUAUGUGGCAGAGGAGGCCUUAGAAUUUUGUUCAGACUACUUAAAAAACAAGAAAUCAAUUGGUAAUCCUCAUGAGCGUGUUGAUGAAAGAAUCCGCAGUGGCAAGCCUUUAUCAAAGGCUACAAUUGAUGUUGUAGAUGCUCAGUUACUUGAUCAAGCUCAUCUUUAUGUAUUAUGA